AUGUAAAGUAAAUAACUAGAUUGGAUUUGUAUCGGAUGCAAAAACCUCAACUAUUCCUUCAGAAAGUAUUGCAAUCGUUGUCACACGUUUGCAAGAGAUGCCCCAGGAACUAAAUUUAUUCCACUUGAAUAACCCAGCAUUAUAGAUUCACUCAAACUUUAAGAACCUGAUCUAACUGGCAGUGGACAUAGCACUGCUGAUAGUGUAGGUAGCAUUGCAAAUGACCAUACUGCAUUUCAUCAAGCACUUUUCCUAGAAAACUUGUCACACACUAAGUAAGAAACGGUCAAAAUCAACUUCGAUUUUAUGAAAUCAUGUAGACUUUGUGCAACAGAAAACUACUUUUAUCAAUCCAAGUGUAAACAGUGUGGGUUUUAAAUUUCUCAUUGA